AUGACGACAUUGGCCAAACACACCCCGGUCGUGGUCGGGGUAGGGGACAUCAAAAAUCGGUCGACUCGACUUGAUGAUGCGGUCGAGCCACUGGAUCUCAUGGUGCAAGCUAUUUGCGCGGCUCUGGAAGACACAGGCUUAUCGACCUCGGAUGCACAGUCUCUUCGAGAAAAGGUCGACAGUAUUUCGGUCGUGGCGAACUGGACUUGGCCAUACCCGAAUACCCCGGAAGUGCUUCGGAGUAAAUUACAUUGUCGAGCCACGCAUCUUCAUGAAAGUGAGCAUGGGGGCCAUUCGCCGGCCGAGUUGUUGGAUGAAGCUGCGCGACGAAUUGCGCAUGGGCAAAGCACAGUUGCUAUUGUGACUGGUGGGGAGGCUCUUGCUUCGUUGGGUGCGUUCCACGCCGCGAAAAAGUUUCCACCUCCCGGAUGGACUCACUUGGAAGAUCACACCUCGAUAUGGGAGAAGGAGCGCAAGCAUAAUCUUGCGGCCAGCUAUGGACUGGGCCUCCCGACUCAAGUCUACGCCAUGUACGAAGCGGCACUCCGAGCGCAUCGGGGUCAAAGUCCGGCGGAAAAUCAUCGUGAAUCAAGUGAUCUAUAUGCGGAAUAUGCCCGUGUCGCAGCAGGUAAUCCCAUUGCAUGGACCCAUGGCAAAGAACCGGAUACCGCAGACACGAUUGCGCGAGUGACGAAGAGAAAUCGAAUGAUCUGCCUCCCAUAUCCACUGGUGAUGAAUGCUUUCAACACGGUGAACAUGUCCGCAGCAUGUAUACUCACUUCCCUGGAACAUGCGCAAGAAUUGGGAAUUCCACAUUCUCGCUUGAUCUUCCCCCUCGGUGGUGCAGGCACUCAUGACCGUGAAGAUUUCUAUGAACGCAGUUGCUUCUUCCACAGUCAGAGUCUAUCAUCUUGCCUCGAUGCCACUCUAGCGGCUUCUAAUGUGAAAGCCGCCGAGAUUGACCUAUUUGACUUUUAUUCAUGUUUCCCAAUCGUACCAAAGCUGGCUUCGCUGCACUUGGGUAUCCCCAUUCACGGUGGCAAGCGACCGACGACCUUACUCGGAGGUCUGACUUCCUUUGGGGGUGCUGGGAACAAUUACUCUCUGCAUGCAAUCACAGAAAUGGUUCGCCAGCUCCGAAGUGGUCAAGAUGGCCAGGUCGGUCUAGUCUUGGCCAACGGCGGCGUCCUAUCGCAUCAUCACGCAGUCUGUCUUUCUCGCAACCCUCGACAGGACGGCAUUCUCUACCCGAUUCGAAAUCCUCUACCGAUACACGUGAGUGGUGCUUGGCCUCAGAUUAUCGAGCGCGCACAAGGAAAUGCCAGAAUUGAGACCUACACUGUUCAGUACGAGCGAGACGGGUCGCCUCUCGCUGGCUUCAUCUUGGGGCGUUUGGAAGAGGGAGGGGCUCGAUUCAUCGCCAUCACCACAGAUGGGGCAAGUUUGAAGGUUCUUGGUACGAAUCGAGAGCAGGUUGGAACCCCAGUAUGGGUUGAAUUUGAUGAAGAUGCGGGAAGAAACACUUUUAAAGUUCUAGGUGCCAGAUUAUAA